AUGAACUACAACAAUUGCUUCCAUCUUCUUUGUGUUCUGUCGGUACAAUGUUUCAUAGUUUCCUUAGCUGUAGCUGUCAGGAGUCUAAUGACCGAUCAGUUUGCACUGCUUGAGUUUAAAGAUCGCAUCAUCGAUCCUCAAGACGUGUUGGCAAACAAUUGGACGACCUCCAACUCUAUCUGCAACUGGGUUGGUGUUUCUUGUGGAGUCAUCCAUGAAAGAGUUGUAGCUUUGGAUCUCUCAAACAUGAAUUUCACGGGUACCAUACCCCCACACCUCGGAAACCUUUCGUUUCUACUUUCUCUUAAGUUGAGCAACAACAAUUUUCAUGGCCAUCUGCCAAAUGAAUUGGGGCACCUGCAUCGUUUGAGGCUCAUUCAACUAAGUUUCAACGACCUUCAUGGGGAAAUCCCUCAAACGCUUGCUAACAUGUCCAAGCUAGAGAUCUUGAACUUGAGACACAAUCAACUAUCUGGUCGUCUGUCAUCUUCCAUCUUCAAAAUUACAACUUUGAAGCAUAUUGACUUUCGUGAUAAUAGCCUUUCUGGUUCUUUGGUCCAUGAUUUGUGUGUACAGCUUCCUAAUCUUGAGCAACUUAGCUUAGGUAGAAAUGAAUUAUCAGGUUCUAUUCCAUCAAGUAUGGGCAAAUGCACAAACCUUCAAAUCUUGGAAUUAACUGAUAAUAAGUUCAGUGGGGUCAUUCCAAAAAGCAUUGGGAAUUUGACACAACUCACUGAAAUAUAUUUAGGGUUAAAUAACCUGGAAGGUAAAAUUCCUGAGGAAAUGGGCAAUCUUACUAGUUUAGAGGAGCUAAAUAUUCAACUAAUUGAAGGUCUUACUGGUCAGAUUCCUGCUUCCAUCUACAACAUUUCUUCUCUGAGGUUUAUUGUUCUGGCCAACACUAGUUUAUCAGGUGGUUUGCCAAAUGAUUUGUGUCGUCAUCUUUCCAAGCUUGAAGGACUUUAUUUGGACACGAAUGAAUUAUCCGGUAGUAUUCCUUCGAGUAUAGGUGAAUGCUACAACCUUCGACUUCUACAAUUAUCGAAAAAUCAAUUUUCCGGGACCAUUCCAAAAGGUAUUUGGAAUUCAACCAUGCUCCAAGAGAUAAAUCUAGGUGCAAACAAAUUAGAAGGUGAUUUACCGCCCAUGAUCAAGGUUCCAAAGCUUGAGUUGCUUUUGUUAUGGAAAAAUAAAUUUAGUGGAAACAUUCUCAACUCUGUCUCCAAUGCUUCCAUGCUCAAGAGUCUAGACAUAGGAGAUAACUUCUUCUCUGGCCUAAUUCCUGAUACGCUCGGAAACUUAAGACAGCUUGAAUGGUUCCGAAUCUAUAACAAUUAUUUUACGACUAAUUUUGAGUGGAGCUUUCUUUCUUCUUUGGCUAAUUGUAGGAAUUUGAGUCGAAUAGGUGUCUCAAAGAAUCCAUUGAAUGGCAUUCUUCCCACUUAUAUUGGGAACCUUUCAACAUCCCUUCAAUAUUUUGAUGCCAUGAACUGUGAGCUUAAAGGUGAUAUUCCUAUUGAAAUAGGCAACUUAAGUGGCAUGUACACUUUAGAACUUGGCUUCAAUAAAUUGAGUGGAUUUAUUCCAGCAUCAAUAGGAGGAUUGCGGAACCUCCAAAGUCUAGGUCUUUCCUCUAAUAGAUUAGGAGGGUCCAUCCCGGAAAGUAUUUGUGGUUUGAGAAGGUUAUAUGCCUUGUUUUUGGCGCUGAAUAAGCUGAAUGGAUCCAUACUCUCAUGUUUAGGUAAUGUGACUUCUUUGAGACAUCUCAACUUAUAUUCUAACAAAUUGAGUUCUGCAAUACCCUCAACUUUGUGGAAUCUUAUAGACAUCUUAGAAAUGGAUUUAUCUUCCAAUUACCUUAACAACUCACGUGCUCUUGAUGUUGGAGGUAUGAGGAGUGUGAUAUAUUUGAAUUUGUCGACGAAUCUGCUCACGGGUGAUAUAUCAUCUUUCAUUGGUGCUCUUCUAACUUUGAUAUCAUUAGAUUUAUCCAAUAAUAAGUUACAUGGUCAUAUCCCUGAAUCAUUUGGUGGUUUGGUUAGUUUGGAGUUCUUGGACUUAUGCAAUAAUAGUCUUUUUGGAGUCAUUCCCAAGUCUUUGGAAAAACUUCCACAUCUAAACCAUUUUAAUGUGUCUUUCAAUAGACUGGAAGGAGAAAUUCCCACCAAUGGAUGUUUCCGAAACUUUUCUAGCUCAUCUUUCAUGAAUAAUUAUGCACUUUGUGGUCCACCUAGAUUGCUAGUCUCACAAUGCCAGAAUAACGUCCACAAAAAUCGCAAGAUGACAAUAUUGCAUGCCCUAGGGUAUGGUAUACCAACGAUUGGUAUUGUAUUGGUAAUAAUAGUCUUGACUAUCAUGUACAGAAAAUGUCGAAAUAGGAGUACAACUCUAUCAAUUAAUGAUGAUUUGUUACCUUUGGAAACAUGGAGAAAAAUUUCACAAGAUGAACUUUCACGCGCAACUGAUGGAUUUGACGAAAGGAAUCUGCUUGGUUCAGGGAGUUUUGGAUAUGUAUAUAAAGGGAGGCUUUCAGAUGGAAUGGAAGUUGCAAUAAAAGUUUUCAAUUUGCAGAGAGAAGCAGCAUUUAGGAGUUUUGAUGUUGAAUGCGAAGCUUUGCGUAAUAUAGUUCAUCGUAAUCUUGUCAAGGUCAUUACUUGCUGCUCCAAUGUUGAUUUUAAAGCCUUGGUGCUUAAGUUCAUGUCUAAUGGAAGUCUUGAGAAAUGGUUACAUUCUAAAAAGUGUCCCCUUGAUAUCUUACAAAGGGUUGACAUAAUGAUAGAUGUUGCAGCAGCUCUAGAACAUCUCCACACUGGACAUCCUACGCCUACAAUUCAUUGCGACCUAAAACCGAGUAAUAUUCUACUUGAUGAAGACAUGGUUGCACAUGUGGGAGAUUUUGGUAUUGCCAAAUUGUUGGGAGAAGAUGAUGGAACGACACAAACCAUGACUCUUGCAACUAUUGGAUAUAUGGCACCAGAAUUUGGAUCAAUGGGAAUUGUUUCUGUGAAAUGUGAUGUCUAUAGUUAUGGGAUUGUCUUGAUAGAAACUUUCACAAAGAAAAAGCCAACUGAUGAAAGCUUUGAUGAAGAAAUGACCAUAAGGCAUUGGGUGAAAAGUUCAUUAUCUAAAGGAAUAACAAAUAUUGUGGAUGUUGAUUUAUUAAGAAUAGAGGAUGAGUACUUUGCUGAUAAAGCAAAUUGUAUUUCGUCCAUCAUGGAGUUAGCUUUGGAUUUGUCAACUGAGAUAGCAGAAGAGAGAAAAGAUAUGAAGGAUGUUGUAGUUGAGCUAAAGAAGAUCAAGCAAAGGUUUCUAAACAGCAUCAACAUGUUGGAUAAAGAUGGAUCUCGACUGGAUGUUGCUGGGAUUGGAAAUGGAUUAUGUCGGAUGUGUAAACAAGAAAACGAGACACCCUUGCAUGCUCUCAAGGAUAGCUCGAUGUCCAAGGAAGUCCUCACCCUCUCGGGAUUGGACGUUUCAAUCAUUACAGCUCAAAAUUCUUCCUUCAAAGAAUGGCUGGAAAGAGUGGCCUGA